AUGUCUACUACCGAGGCUCGCCCGAACCUUUUCUCGAUCACUUUUUACAACGAAUGCAUCUACGUAACAGUAGCAAAAAAGGCCAAACAAGUAAGUGAAUGGAUUUCUUCGAUAUUCAAUAUUCACAUCGAUUUCUCGAAGAAUCUUUUAAUAGGUCUUGAUACCGAGUGGCUGCCAAAUAUAUCUCCAAGCGAAGACCACCCCGUCGCCAUACUUCAACUCUGCAUCGGCAACCGAUGCCUCAUCUUCCAAAUUCUUCACGUGGACUUUAUUCCUCCCUCGCUCAACACCUUCUUAUCCGACCCCCGCCACACGUUUUGUGGGGUUGGAAUCGAAGAUGACGUGGACAGAUUGUAUAGACAUCACGGCUUGCGGGUAGGCAGAAUCUUGGAGCUGAACGAUCUCGCUAGAUUGGCAGUGAUCGACGACGGUCAAGAUGUAAAUAUAGAGGAGUACAAAUACAUGAGUUUGAAGAAGAUGGCUUCAGUAGUUCUUCGAAAGGAGAUGGAGAAGCCGUUGGAUGUGACAUUGAGUAAGUGGGAUGCUGAAGAGCUCAAUCGCAAUCAAGUAGAAUAUGCUGCCAUUGAUGCUGUUGUUUCGUACCAGAUUGCUUUCGCACUGUGCUUGCGUGUUCUUCGUUCAAACAUGAGGGUAUGCUUAAUGCUUGGUAGACCCCAAUAA